UUGUAUUGAAUUAUUCUUUUCUUUUUUCAAAAUCCAACAAAACAAAGCCCUCAAGAAAACUUUCCAAAGUAACGAAUGGAAACUCAACAUGGAUUAACCUGAAACUACCCUUCAGCUCUACAUCUUCCUUCCAUAUUCUGAUGGAAUUAACAGCUCUUGAUUUCUCUCAAUUCUGAAACCAUGAACCCAUUUAAGAGAUCACUUUCUAACCCUUUCUUCAGAUUUAACAAUUCCAAGUCCACACUUCUGCGAUCCUCAAUAAAAAAUAGAAGUCAAACCAAAGAAACAAUCAGUUCCCAAAAUCCCAUUUUCAGUUCCAUGUUUUCUGAUCCAACCUUGCCAGUUUUCACUGCAAAUUCAUCUUCAUUCUCAAGGGUAAAUACCCACUUCUCAUAUUCAUUGAAACAACCAAAACUGACUUCAAAGACUCAAACUUUGCCUAAAAUCAGGACCUUUUGUGUUAAAAAAACAAGCCCAAAUGCUGAACUUUUUGCUUCAAAUGAUAUCCCUGUUGUUUCUACUGUUAGUCCACCAAUUCAGAGCUCUCAGCCUAUUGAUGCAGGGUCUUCAAUGAGAAAACCAAUCAGUUUAUGGCCUGGAAUGUACCAUUCUCCUGUAACAAAUGCUUUAUGGGAAGCAAGAUCAAGCAUGUUUGAGAAAAGUUCUGAUGACAAGCAAGAUUCACAAAGUGAAUUAGUCGCAAAAACACCUUCAAGGAGCAGGACUAGUAUUGUUUAUAAGUUUUCUUCUGAUUAUAUACUUAGGGAGCAGUAUAGGAAUCCUUGGGAUGAGAUGAGGAUGGGGAAAUUGCUUGAGGAUCUUGAUGCUCUUGCUGGAACCAUCUCAUAUAAGCACUGUCGUAAUGAUGAUGGCGCAACAAGGCCUAUAUUAUUGGUUACUGCUUCCGUUGACAAGAUGGUUCUGAAGAAACCAAUCCGUGUUGACUUUGAUUUGAAAAUGUCUGGUGCUGUUACAUGGGUUGGGAGGUCAUCUAUGGAGAUUCAGCUGGAAGUAACUCAAUCCACACCAGAUUCUCCACAUCCUUCUGAUUCAGUUGCUCUUGUGGCAAAUUUCACAUUUGUGGCCCGUGACUCCAAGACAGGAAAAUCUGCUCCACUGAACCAGAUCUUGCCUGAAACUGAACAUGAAAAAUUGUUAUGGAAAGAAGCAGAAGAGAGGAACAAAAUGAGAAAGAAGAAGAGAGCAGAACAAAAGAAGGAUAUUUAUAAUGGAGAUGAAGACAGACUUAAUGCAUUGUUGGCUGAAGGGCGGGUUUUCUGCGACAUGCCAGCAUUGGCGGAUAGAGAUAGCAUUCUUAUAAGAGAUACUUGUCAUGAGAAUUCAAUGAUGUGCCAACCACAGCAAAGGAAUAUUCAUGGUCGAAUUUUUGGAGGUUUUUUGAUGCGGAAAGCAUCUGAACUGGCGUUCUCAAACGCUUAUGCCUUUGCUGGUGCAGCACCCUGCUUUUUGGAAGUUGAUCAUGUUGACUUCUUCAAACCUGUUGAUGUUGGAAAUUUCCUCCGUUUCAAGUCUUGUGUUUUGUACACAGAACUUGAGAAUCCUGCUAAACCUCUGAUAAAUGUGGAAGUUGUAGCUCAUGUCACAAGGCCUGAGCAAAGGUCAAGUGAGGUAUCCAACAAAUUCUACUUCACAUUUACUAUCCGUCCUGAGGCCAUGAAAGAGGGAUUGAGGAUUCGAAAUGUUGUUCCGGCCACUGAAGAAGAAGCAAGACGGGUUCUUGAACGUAUGGAAUGUGAGAGCUCCCAAUAGGCAACAAUCAUGAAAACUCUGUCAAGAGGAAAGAAUGACACAAUCACACAAACCUAUUGUUUUAGAAUUCUAUGAUUUUCUUGAUCCAAUCUUAAGCAUCCUGUCAAGAGCAAAAUAUAUAUGCUGUUCUACUUAUUAGUUUGAAUCUUUCUCUGUAUCUAAAAUCCAAGGUCGACAAGCAAUAAAUCCAUUUGAGGAAUAUACAACAAACUAAAACUCUUUCU